ACUCCAAAACAAAGUUUGACGUCUUGAACGUGAACAAGCACAAUGAGUUUGACACUGGGAGAAUGAACACCGAAUCGCUGAAAAAGUUGGGAAUUUAUUCGAAAUCGUUAUUCUUUGCAAAUAAAAAUGAGCGAAACCAAAACAGUUCACGAAUGUUUGUUCUGUCCACAAACAUUUGGCAGUGCCGGCGAAAAGGAUGACCACAUUCUGGAGCAUUUUGCUCAAGAAACGUGUACGGACUGCGACCAAAGCCUGAUUCGAAUCGGAAGCAAUUUAUACACACUACACAACGCAGUAACAUGCAUCAAGAGAAAAUCGAAACUGGACGUCAGUAUUCAGAACGAUAUCCAUAGGAGAUCUAUCAACCAAAACCAUAAUGAACGGGAUUGUAAUGCAACAUUCGAUUCAUCCAACAUCAUUUUUGAUCAGCAACUAAAUAUCAAACUCGAGCCCAGUAUGGAACAGAAUGAACAACUCAUGAGUGUUGAACCGAUGAAUUUUGCGGAAACAAGUUCUAUUGAAAACUACCAAGGAAUUAACAACCCGAAUAGUAAUGAAAAUAUUUUUGCUAUUGAUGUUACACCAUCGAAUACAGUAUCUGUUAGGGAAAUCGAAAUUAAAAUGGAGCCAGAAGUACAAUUUGACCAGUUAAUAUCGACAGGGGAUGUGAACAAUACUACAGAAUCGAAUGAUAUGGACUUUGGCUCAAGUCAAGUGUUUCAAAGUCAAUCUAGUGCAACUCGAACUCGAACACAAAAAAAAUUCAAAUGUGAUUUUUGCUCCAAUGUGUUUCUGUCGAAGAAAUCAUUAAGUCAUCAUCAGUCGCUUUGCUGUAAACGUGAUAAAAAGUCAUUGAAAGAGACUCCAGGCAAUGAUGUUGCUAGUAUUGAAAGUGAUCAAAUUGAUGACGGAAAUAGGGAGAAUAGCAAAAAAGAUGGGUUUUGUAAUAUUUGCAAUAAAUUUUUUUACAAUAAAAGUGGCGCGAAUAAGCAUAAGUUUGAGGUUCAUAAAAUUGGAGGACAUCCUUGUAUCAACUGCAAACAAGUAUUUUUUUCGACCAGAGCACUACAAAUUCAUGAUUGUGAGAUGGCAAAGAAAACGUACGAGUGUUACAUCUGUCAUAAGGGGAGUAAAGCAAUAAAGAGUCUACGAUUUCAUAUUCUCACUCUUCACAUUUCAUCAAAAAGAAAGUUCAAUUGUGCCAUAUGCGGAAUCGGUUUUCAUUAUUUAAAUUCAUAUGAAGAUCAUAAGAACCGGCAACACUUGAACGUGGGUGAUUGCAAUUUUGUUUGCAGCACAUGUGGACGAACAUUAAAAUCAAAGAUUAGCUUAAUACAACAUGAAAAUAUUCAUUCGGGAGCAAAACCAUUUCAAUGCACUUAUCAAGGAUGUAACGAAACUUUUAGAAGUUAUGCGACCAGAUAUAUACACAUAAGAAGAUUUCAUCAAGGGCACAAAAAGUAUCGGUGUCGAAUCGACGGUUGCAACGAGCAAUUCGGUGGACAAAGCGGUUUCAAAAAGCACAAACUCAAUGCGCAUGGCAUUCCAAUAACCAAAUAACUAUCCAAAUUAGUAGAUUUAUCCUACAAAUUAAGACCGAAGUUCAUUAAAUUUAUUCGUUCAAUGUAUUAUUUUACUGAGGAAAAUAAACAUGGCUAAAAUAUUGAAAAGCAAAUCGUACUUUAUAUGGAUUUUCAAAUAUUAUUUACGAUUUUGUUGUUGAUGGUUUAUGCGACUGGUGUCAAGAAUUCGAACUUAUUCCAUUUUUAUAACAUUUCAAACAUAACUUUGUAUCCAAGUUUGACAUUUUGCAUGUAAACAAUCACCAUAAAUCUGACACCUAGAGAAUAUACACCGAAUUGAUGAAAAAUUACAGAAUUUAUUUCAAUACGUUGAUUUUCUUAAAUAAAAAUGAGCGGAACAGUAGCAGUCCAUCAGUGUUUGUUCUGUCCACAAACAUUUGGCAGUGCCAUCGAAAAGGAUGACCACAUUCUGGAGCAUUUUGCUCAAGAAACGUGUACCGAUUGCGACCAAAGCCUGAUUCGAAUCGGAAGCAAUUUAUACACACUACACAACGCAGUGACAUGCAUCAAGAGAGAAUCGAAAUUGGACGUCAGUAUUCAGCACGAUAGCCAUAAGAGAUCUAUCAACCAAAACUAUGAUGAUGGGGAUUAUAAUGAAAUUGUCGCACCAUCGAAUACAGAUUAUGGACAGCAACUAAACAUCAAACUUGAGCCCGAAACAGAACAUAAUGAACAGCUCAUAAGUGUUGAUCCGAUGAAUUUCGCGGAUGUAAGUUAUAAUGAAAACUACCAAGGAUCCAAUAAUCAGUAUAGAGAUGAAGAUAAUUCAGGUGUUGGUGUUACACCAUCAAAUACAGUCCCUGUUCAGCAUGAAGAGAUCAAAAUGGAGCCGGGAGCACAAGACGAACAGUUUAUCUCUGUGUAUGUGAACGAUUUCACUGUAACAAGUGGUAUGGAUAGUGGCCCAGGUCAAGUGUUUCACAGUCAACCUCUUUCAACGGCAAUAGAAAGAAUAUCUGAAGCAAACAGCAAGAGUAACAAUGAUUACAAGUGUGACAUUUGCGGAAAAAUCUUCCAACGAUCCUCUCAACUGGGACAGCACAAAAAGUAUACUCAUCGCGCGUUCGGAACAGUGUUCGGCCGAUUCGAAUGUGUCAUAUGUAUGAUAGUUUUUCAAAGAAAAGAUUAUCUUCGAAAGCAUAUACGCUUGAAGCACGACCCCAAUUGUCUAAAAUUUAAAUGUGUCCUUUGUUAUAGGACAUUUCUGUCGCAAAAAUCAUUGGAUAAUCAUCUCCCGAAGUGUGAACAAACAAAGAAAACCGAAUUAUCUCAACGGUCAAAGAAAAGGGCAGAUCAGCGUACAGAUUGUGACCGAAUGUAUUGUGAAAUCUGUAAGAGGGUAUUUAACAGCAAGAUAACUCUACGCCAACAUAUGCGUCUUAAACACGACCCUUGCACGAAAUUUAAAUGUGUGUUUUGCUGGACUGUAUUUCUAUCGAAGAAAUCAUUAGAUAAUCAUCAUCUGUUUCGCUGUAAACGCUAUAAGAAGUCGUUGAUAGAGAGUCCAGGCAAUGAUAUUGCUAGUACCGAAAAAACUCCAAUCGAUGACGGGAACAUGAAGAGUAAUGAGAAAGAUAAAUAUUGUGAAAUUUGCGAUAAAACAUUCUGCAACAAAAGUACCGCUGAAAGACAUACAUUUUUGGUGCAUAAAAUUGGUGGACAUCACUGCAUCGAUUGCAAACAAGUGUUUCAUACUGCAAUAGGUCUUCUAAACCAUGGUCCAAAGUGUGAAAAAUUAUUGCAGCAAACGUUUGAAUGCCAUAUCUGUCACAAAAUCAGUAAAUCAAAAAGGAAUCUUCGCUUUCAUCUUCAAUCAAUCCAUGUGAAACGCAGAAAAAUCAAAUGUGAAAAAUGCGAUCGACAUUUUUCAUGUAAAUCGGCAUACGAAAGCCAUAAGAAUCGAAUCCACUUGAAAAUGAAUAUUCAUAAUUUUGUGUGUAGCACUUGUGGACGAGCGUUUACAACCAAGACUAGAUUAGUGCAACAUGAGUACAUUCACACGGGAGAACGACCUCUGAAAUGCACUCACGUUGGGUGUGAGCAAACUUUUAGAACUUCCUCGGCCAAAUAUGCACAUCUGAGAAUCCAUCGUGGACAAAAGAAGUUCAAGUGUCGAAUCGAUGGAUGCGAUCAAAAAUUCGGUGGAGUGAUUGGGUACAAAAAGCAUAAGCUCAAUGUACAUGGCAUACCAAUGACUAAAUAAUCAUCUAAGUUUGUAGAUAUAAAUUAAGACCUAAAUUCAUUGCAAAUGUCAAAUGUGUUAUUAUUCAGGCAAAUAAACUAGAUUAAAAUAAUGGAAAA